AUGCACCCAACAAGUGAUGCUUCGGAGAAAGGAGAAAUGCAUUACCCACCCUUGCAUCCUGCCUCCAUCCCUCAUGGGGAAUCCACCAACAGCACUAGGUCCAGUGAAGAUACCUUUGGUAUGGAAACCAGACAAAUGUUCUGGAACACCUUGAGGAGACUUCAUGUAGAUCAGAAGACGGAGGCUGUGACUUAUGUGACUGAGUUGCAUGUGGAGGCUGAUGAAGAAGGAGCCUCUGCUAAUGUGGAUCCCGAAGAGGAAGUAGAUUUCAAAAAGCGAUGCAGUUAUGAUCUCUCUAUGCUCAUUGGCAAUGCCUUGGGCAUGAUGACAAAUUCCUUCAAAGAGCAGAGAGCCUGGAUUGCAGGUGUGAACUGGCCUUACAUCUUCCUGGGUUCCAAGGGUUCCGCAUUUCCAAUGCACUGCGAAGACAUGGAUUUGUUUUCAGUGAACCUUCAUAUGGGCGGAUACCUGAAAAUUUGGUACUCAAUACAAGGUAAAGAUAUUCCCAAAUAUGAGAACAUCUUGAAGCUGAUGUAUGCCAAUGGAGCCUGUCCAAUGGUUGGGAGACACAAACUGCUAUUAUUUGAUGAGGCCUGGCUUAACUUCUUUGGCAUUGUACCCUGCAUUGCUGUACAGGAACCCUGGGAUAUGAUUGUGACAUUUCCAAAGGGUUACCAUGGAGUUUUUAAUGAGGGGUUAAAUGUCAAUGUUGCAGUUAACUUUGCAAUGGACAUUUGGGUAGAUUAUGCCAUAAGGGCAAAGUCAUGCAUGUGUGGAUUUGUUGAAAGUCUACGCUUUUCCAUGGAGCAAUAUGUCCGCUGGCAAACUCCUAAUCUAUAUAAGGACUGGGUGAAUGGGACUAUUACCUGUCUACCUGAAGAAAAGGAUAGAUCAGACCUUCACAAAUGCAAACUCCAGCCUCAAGCAAAUGUGCCAACCCUAACAGAACUGCUACAGACUAAAAUCCCACAUACAGAGGAGGAAUGGAUACAGAGUGGGAGCAGCAUGCUUGAAAAGGACUUGUUCAGUUUGCUGUUGGAGAGGAUUCUUUUCCUGGAGACACAAUUGCUAGACCUUAUGCUGGUCACUGGAAAACGUUUGGCUGUCAAAAAUGACUCCUACCUUCCCCUCGUGAAAGAAGAGAUGGAGAAGAGGAAGAAAAAGAAAAGCAGGAAGACAAGUAAAAGAAAGAGGCCCAAUGGCUGGACGUUCAGCGAAGAUCGUCAAAUCACGAAGCAUGUUUUGGAAGAGAGUAAGGAAGAUGUGCGGAGUGCUUCCAUCUCGCUCAGAGGACUGAAGUGGAAGCUCAAUAUACCUGGGCGGAGUGAAAAAGAUGCUAAGGAUCGCUGGCGUCUGCUUUCAAAGAAAGCAUCGGAAACUCGGACGUUGUUUGAGAUGGCCAGCGAGGUUUCCAGGAAACUGAAGGAUGAGACGUUCCGCUCUAAGCUGAAGCAGCUGGAGGCAAAUUUCCCGCCAAAGCCAAGAACUGCGAAAUCCCUUUUUAUCCAGGCGAGGCUAAGGAUAUUGGAGAGGAAAAAUCCUGGUGUGAGGCAGGAUCAGGCGGCACAGAUGAAGAUCCUCGGGGGAAAAUUCAAGGAUAUCACUGAUGAAAAGAAGACGAAGUAUUCUCGCUUGGCAAUGAGAGAAAAGCUGAGUUACGAAGAACGAAAAGAAGAGUUUUUAAAGGGCAUUGCUGUCCCACAACGCCUGAUGGCUGAAUACCACUUGUUACCCCUGGGCAGUGGAGUGGUAAUUUUGGAUAAUUUGCUCUGCUAUGGAGACAUGAAGAUGUCUACAAAAUCGUGA